AUUUUGAUUUCAUCCAAACAGACCAGAAAUUUAACCAAUAAGAGAAGGUUCCACGUUGGGCCUCCUAUACUAUCGCUAUUCUCGUACCAAACAAAUACAAAUACCAAUUGUUGCAAGUUGUAACAAGUUACAUUCUGUUACAUUCCAUGCAAAAAUGUUUCUCCAGCUGCUGAGGAGUGUGUGUGUCUUCUGUUUACUCUGUAUUUUUUAUAAUUUUGCACUAGAUACAGACAAUAUAGCCCAGUUACCACAUUGUGAUCAAAACGAAUUUGGGUUCAUCAUUGUCAGUACACUGGAUGGAAAACUGACGACCGUUGAUUCAAAAGGAAAUAUUCUAUGGGAUUUUGAAACACAGCCUGGUCCUCUCUUGAUGUCAAACAUUCACAACUUAGAUCUCACAAAUAAUGGAGAAUUAGUUAGAAUGAUUCCAUCUUUGACUGGAAGCUUAUAUAAAUUUAAUGGAAAAACUAUAGAUGCCAUUCCAAUUAAUGCUGAUAGUUUAUUAAAAUCUUCAUUCCUAUAUUCUAAUGAUUUAGUUAUUGCAGGCAGUCGAGAUGUUAGAACUUAUGGUAUUUUGGCAAAAACUGGUGAAAUGCUUUAUGAGUGCAAUGUGCAUGGUUGUGAUAAAUCAAAAUCAGCUAGUGACUUUGAUGAUAUAGUAUUAAUUGAAAGGAGUACAGUAACAGUAAGGGCUCAUGAGCCAAGAAAUGGAAAUGAGAGGUGGAAUUUCAGUGUUGGUUCACACAACAUUAAGAUACCCCAACCUAGUUGUGUUUCUUUAGAUGGAGCUAUAAAUAAUUUAAAUUUAACUGCAAUUUUGCCAAAAGGUAUUUUAACAGCCAGAACUUUAGAUGGUCAGGAGGUUCUUUGGAAGCAUGGCUUUGAAUCUCCUAUUGUGAAAGUCUGGAGAUGGGAUGGGAAAGAUUUGCAUGUGGUGAAUUUCUUCAAUCAAGCAAAGAAACCAACAAUGCCAUUAUCUCCAGCAAUUUACUUAGGAAUGCAUCACAAACAGUUAUAUAUCUAUGAAUCAGAUAGAAUACAGACAGCAAUUAACAUGCAAAUUCACAUGGAUGGGAAUAAAGACAAGAAUGCUUUGACGAUCAUUCCAUGGAAACCAAUUUCAGCAAAUGAAAUUGAAGAUAGUAGUCAGCCUGAGACAACAGCACUAUCAGUACUGUAUAGUUCAGCUUAUAUUAAUGGGAAUGGCUACUAUUUAUAUACUGAAAAUGACAUUAAGAAAGGAAGUACUAUUCUAUGUGGUACCAAUUUCACUAGGAUCCCUAUAUUCUCAGGAUCAUAUGAAUCCAAUUACUGGAAGCAAAUUUUCAUAGUUUCGUUAAUAACUAUUGUUGUAUUGAAGUACUUCUUCAACCUAGGUUGGCGAUCUCGCCAAUCUUUGGUAAAUAUAAGUGAAAUUAAAUCCACUAGUCCAGAAACUGAGAACAAAACGUUAAGUACUGAAAACUGGGUUAUUGAUUUCACGGAGAAUGAAUACGUUCCUCCGUUCAAAUCAAGAUUUUUGGAGGAAUUCGAAAUCGUUAACUGUUUGGGACGUGGUGGCUUUGGGGUGGUGUUUCAGGUCAAACAGAAGAUCGACGAAUACAAUUACGCAAUUAAACGCAUAGCAUUGCCGAGAAAGAAAGAUUCAAACGACCGGGUGUUAAGAGAAGUCAAGGCUUUAGCGAAAUUGGAUCAUAGUAAUAUUGUGCGUUAUAGUACGUCUUGGAUGGAAAAUCCUCCACCGAAUUGGAACGAAUUCGUAGAUAAGAAGUGGGUGUCUGAAAUGUUUCCAUCGAGCAUGAGCGAAAUGAGUAAAUCGACUACCACUUGCACGGAUCGACUUAAACAUAAUGCUGUUUACAUUCCUUCAAGUGAGUCUGAUAGUGACAUUGUUUUUGAGAACUCUCAGGAGAAAACAGAAGACAAUACACAGGAUCUGUCAGUCGAAAAAAGUGAAAUGUCCGAGGAAACGGAGCUUUCAUGCAGUGAUCAGUCUAACUCGCAAAUAAAGAGUAAUAUUUCAUUUUUGUAUAUUCAAAUGCAGCUUUGUCAGAAGAACAGUCUCCGCGAAUGGCUUUUGGAGAACACCAAACGCGAAGUAGUACAAACAACUUCUAUUUACAAUCAAAUCCUUAAUGCAGUUGAGUAUGUCCAUAAACAGAAGUUGAUUCAUCGCGAUUUAAAGCCAAGCAAUAUAUUUUUUGCGCAAGACGAUACCAUUAAGGUUGGCGAUUUUGGGUUAGUCACGUCUAUGAAGAACGUGGAUAAUGAUUUCUGUAAAUCAGGAAACACUGAUUAUACGAAAGGCGCUGGUACAUAUUUCUAUAUGAGUCCAGAACAAGUGAACGGCGAGGAAUAUGAUCACAAAGUUGAUAUCUUCUCACUUGGAGUUAUCCUUUUUGAACUUAUCGUGCCGUUAACAACCGAUAUGGAAAGACAUCAUUGCCUUACCGAUCUCAGGAAAGAAAUUUUUCCACCUGAUUUCCAUCUAAAACACGAAAAUGAGUAUAAGUUGAUGAAGAUGAUGUUAUCUCAAGAUCCUGAACAAAGGCCUGAAGUCACCAUUGUGAAGGAAAUUUUCAAUGCGGAUUUCAUUUUCGCUAGAUGAUAGGUGAUUACUGUGAGCUGCGCGCUGUGACUUAAUAUUACUCGUUUCAUUCUUGUAUUUAAUUAGUUUGUUAAAUUAUUUAUUAAUUUAUAAUAGUAAUAUAGUUACUAUGUUUAUUUAUAUUUAGUAUCCUUGUUAUUUGCUACUAUAUCUUAUUUGUAUAUAAAUCCAAUAAA